AUGACUGCGACCUCGAAUUCGCGGGCCUCCGAGUCAUUUACUCUCUGGGGAUGGCUCUGUCUGUUGGCGAAGGUUGCGAGGAUAGUGGCCGGUCUGAUUUUCAAGUCUGUCAAGUAUCCUUUAUCCAGAAAAUCAACAUCCAAAAGGUCCUUCCACCAUUAUAUAACUUAUGAGGGGAUGAUCGAUUUCCAGUCCAGCUUGACCGCAACUGAGAAACAAGCCGUUCUUCCCGCGACAGCGACUCAAUGCAUCAAUUUUGCGCACCAAUAUAAUCUGCCGUAUGAACCAUUAACGCUUUCCGAUGGUACUGUCGCAUUCAUGCUCAAUGGAUCCUCGUCUCCAAAACAUUUCCCUGUUGGCGUUAAUCCUUUUGGUAGAAAAGCCAAAAAGGCUGCGGUUUUGGCUGCAGAGAUGAAUAUUGCGAAACAAAAACUCAAUAAAGUUAUUGUAUACUUUCAUGGGGGUGGUUAUGUGGCACCUAUUCUACCACAGCAUAUUCACCUCAUAUACGGUUUCGAGGAUAAGCCUCGUUAUAAAGAAGGGGUUGUCGUCUAUGUUUUGGCAUAUAGUUUAACGUCUGAACACGCGAAUCAAUACCCUACUCAACUCCGACAGGCCAUAUCGUUACUUGACCACAUCAUCAAUACAGAGAGCAUCCCACCCUCAUGUCUAACUCUCAUGGGCAAUUCUGCCGGCGGUAAUCUUCUACUCGGCGUGCUUUUACACCUCUCACAUCGCAACUCAAAUGUUCCGCCUCUCAGUCUGAAGGACGGAGAACAAUUUGCCGCCGCAGUCGCAAUCUCACCAUGGUGUACUAUGGAUACAUCCGCCAAAUCUACGGAGACAAACGCCAGUAAAGAUGUCCUUGCCGUCUCGGCGCUGGCAUAUUGGGGAGGGAACUUUCUCGGUGGUCAUGCGCUCGACGCCUGGAAUUCACCCUUGGUAGCACCGGCGGAAUGGUGGGCUGAUUUGAAGGUUGACGAGUUGCUGAUACUGUAUGGAGAGGAUGAAAUUAUGAGAGAUGAUACGGAGGCCCUUUGCAAGAGGAUAAAGUCCGCAAAUCCAAGUCGAACGACUGUCUACAACCUACAAGGAGAAGGCCAUGAACAAAUAGCCAUGACCAAGCUCUUAAAAUUACCCUGGAUUUGUGAAUCAGAAAAGAUAUACACUGCUUGGAUGAAGGAGCGAUUUUUAUAG